AUGAGUUCACAGCAUUACCCAGUCCCGACAGGAGUUCAUGUCAUCUCUGAACAUCUACUUGACCUACGAUCAGACUCCGAAAUUGACCAUGACCUCCUCCACCCCAAGCCAAUUACGGACGAAAAGAACGUGUUCUUUUUCUGGCACAAGGGCUACCAAAAUAUGCACCCAUACACAAAGCGAAACGUACGCGCCUGGCACCGCCGAUUAUCGAAAAAGGGAUGGACAAUUCGUGUUUUGGACCGACUACCAUCAUCGCCUUUGAAUGUGGCGAACUUCCUCGAUAUAUCAGACCCCACUAUUUUCCCGCGUGCCUUUGUCGAUGGCACCAUCGGCGGCGACUAUACGCCUCAGCACACAUCCGAUCUGGUCCGGCUACCACUCCUUCUCAAAUACGGCGGAGUUUAUACCGAUGUAGGAUUGAUGCAAAUUGGAGAUUUAGACAGGCUCUGGUCCGAGACUGUUGGCAACCCGAACUCGCGAUUCGAAGUACUCUCGUACAAUGCCGGUCCAGAUGACAAACCUGCCUUGACAAACUAUUUCCUGGCAUCCAAACCGAAUAAUCCGCUCUUUGAACGCUGUCACAGGCUGCUGAUGCAUCUGUGGGCGGCUGAUGGUGGCAAGAAAAAUACUGAAGGCAUGCACACCAGUCCGUUACUAAAGGGAAUCCCGUUGAUGGGAGGAGGUUUCACCAUCGAAGAGAAAGGCAAAGUGAUCGAUGCUGAGGAAGUGAGUAGAAUGUUGACCGACUACAUAAUUCAAGGCCAGGUCGUGACCAUGGUGCUGGGACUUGUAGAUGAAGAGGACAGCUGGAAUGGACCCAAGUAUUUCGCCGAGCAUGUAUACGGGAUUGAAUUCAUGGAAGGCUCCCAGCUCAUUAACGAAUUCACCGCCUGGGAUGGCCAGAAAGCAUUUGAUUUGAUGUCGCUGCCGCUGCCAAAGGAAGGAGAAGAAGAAACCGCCGACCAAAAGCAAGCCCGCGAGAUUGUUGACCGAUGUCUUCAGAGAAGCUUUGGCUUUAAGCUUGCUCACGGGAUGAUACUGAGAGUCUACAAAGUCACACUAGGUUCACUGUGGAGAGACAACCCAGGGUCGGACGAUGUGCCAGGAACAUACGCGCAUUGGUUGAGGCAUGGUAUUGCCUACUGGAACCAGGACAGUAUUCCGCCUACUAUGAACUUCAAAGAAUUUCCCGCAUACAAAAAUGGUUUGUUGUUAAGAGAAUAA